AUGCUUUUAUGUGUUGCCUUUUAUGGCAAGGUUGUCACACUUCCGACCUGUCCGGUCUCCAGAUUUGUCGCCCAUCGAACAUUUGCAAGACCAAAUGGAACACCAGGUUCGGCCAUAAACGAGUAUGAGGAAUCUGAAGCGGCAGUUACAACAUCUGAACAAUAUGAAGAAAUUUUAUCACAGUUUAAAAGAUUUCAAAAACCAUCAGAUUUUGAUUCUAAGUUAAGUAGAGUAAUAAAAAUGCUUGAUGAAAUAGAGCAAGGAUUGCAUAUCAUGGAAGUAACUUGUCAUGAAUCUGCUGCCAUUCAAGAUCAGUUGGAACAAUGUAUGCACUUUUAUAAACUACUUAGUGAUAUAAAAAUGGAAGUAGAAUUAUCUAUUCAUCAAGGACGACAAAUCGUAGAAAAGAAUCAAACUGAUAAUCCAAAAGAAUUGAAUCAGAAGUUAGAUCAUUUGAAAAGUCAUUAUAAUCAGCUUGGAGCAAAGGUAACAGAAAAUAAAUCCAAAUUAGAAACUGCUCUACAAACCAGUAAGAAGCUUGAAACAGAAAUUACAGAAUUAGAAGAGUUACUAGAUUCAAUAGAAAGUGAAUUAUUAAAUGAGAAAAGAAAAAAAAAUUGCCCAGUUGACAAAAAUAUUAUAAAGUAUAUAUCAGAAAAAAUGCAACAAAAGAAGUCACUUAUUGGAUCUGUUGUAAAUUCAUAUGAAACCAUUUUGAAACUUGCUGAACCUGAUACAUGUGAUGAAUUGGACAAAAAAAUUAAUGAAUUGAAACAGAGAUGGUCAGUUAUAGAUGAACAAAUGAAAACAUCUUUUGAUUUUGAGGGAAAUAUAAAGCAAGGCAAUGAUAAAUUGCAAGAAUUCUUUCAACAAUUAAAAAUAUUAAAUUCUUGGAUAGAAUCUACAGAAAAGAUUUUGAUGGAAAUUGAAAAUUUAUCACAACAACAAAAAAUUUCUGAUUCAGAAAUUAAAAAAUAUCAAAAAUUGCAAAAUGAAGUAGAUGAAAUAAAUGAUAAGGUAGAUCAUAUACGAGACAUUGCUGUAAAUUUGAUUAGGCGAAGUAAAAAGUUUCAAGAAAUUGUUGAACCUGAACUCACCAAAAUAAAUCAACGUUGGGAAAACAUUUUAUCAAAAUUGAAGAAUAAACAGAAAGCAGAUGUUGUUAUUGAAAUACAAAGGUCAACAGUGACACAGUUAAGAGCAUCUCCUGUUCAAAUCCCUAAAUCUGAACCUGGAACACCAUGUUUGGAAGAGUUUGAACUAAAAACUCGACAAAUAUGUAUUCUUCUGGAAAAUUGGGAUAAAGAAAUUAAGCAGAAAUCAAAUUUGACAAGCUUUCAUUCCACAGAUGAAAUUAAAAAUGUUUUAAAGAAUUUAAAUGAAAAUGAAGAAGAAUUAAAAACAAAAAUAGAACAUUUACAAAGUGACUAUGAAAAAUUAAAACAUCGUUUAGGACCGCCAGAUAUGUUAAAGUUACAAGAUAUAUAUUUAGCAGUAGAGAGACAAUGGAAUGAUAUACACCAAAAAAUGAUUUUACUGAAGCAGAAAUUAACAAAUCAAUAUAGUUUGUGGCAAAAAUUACAAAAAGAAUCAGAAUAUCUUACAACACAAUUAAUGCCAUUUUUGCAAAGAUUAGAAAGAUUGCCAAGCAGUCAGCAUAAAAUAAUUAAAAAUGACUUGGAAAAAUUUAAUAAAGAUUUAUCAACCUUGCAAAAAACAGCUCAACAAGCUCAAGAUAUUGGUAUUUCAGCUGUAUCUUUACAAACUAUUGUACAGUCACCUAUUCAAAUUUGGACACAGAUUCAAUCAAUUUUAAAUUUAUCUAAAUCUCCAAUGACUAAAACAGUGAUUACUCAAACUGAAACUGCAUCUGUUGUUACUUUGGAACUACCUGUUGUAGCAGUUGUACCUGAUUUUAUUGCCAAAGUUAACAAAUUGAGAGAAGCUAUAGCAUCUGUUAAUCGCCAGCUGAAUCAACCUGAAUUAUCUGGAAAAGAAUUUGAAGAUUUUGGAAAGCAAGAGGAUGCAUUAAAGGGUGUUAAAGAUGCUUUAGAAACUUUGAAACCUAAUAUUGAUAGUUUAAGAAAUGAAAAAGAAAAAAUCUUGGAAAAAGCUGAUGAAGCAGAUAUUCUUCAAAUUAAUCGGGUAUUAGAUAAACUAAAUGAAGAAUGGAUGAAAAUAAAACAUUCAUAUAGUGAAAGAUACAGUCGAUGGUUAAAAGCAAGAGAAAUUUGGCAAGAAUUUGAAACAAGACUUCGUAGUCUUACAGCAUGGAUAAUUGAAGCAGAAACCAUUCUUGCUCACAGCAGAUUACCAAAUGGAGAUCUGGAUUAUGAAAAGGCUCGCAAACAUCAAGAAACACUUCAGAAACAAGUUACUGAAAAAAUGAUAGCACUAGAAAACGUCAUCAGUAGUGGCAAAAAAAUUGGCCAACAGUGUUCUCCUCCAGAUGCAAUUCUUUUACAAGAGCAGUUAGACUCUUUGAACAGACGAUGGAAAUCUCUUGUUGGUGAAUUAGCAGUAAGAAGAACAAGAUUGGAAAAAGAUAGCAUCAGAUUAGCAGAAGUUAGAGAAGAAAUGGAAGAACUUACAUUUUGGCUCGAUGAAAUGGAAACUAUGAUGAGUGAAACUUUACAUCCAGUUGACCAUGAAUCCAUCAAAGACAUUUUGUUAAAACUUAAGAAAAGUGAAUUGGAUAUACCCUCAAGAAGAAGUAAUUUACUUUCAAUCCUUUUAGCUGGAGCAUUGUUAAAAGCAGAAGAAGUUGAUGUUCUUGAGCAAAAUUUCUACAAAGUUGCAACGCAGUUACCAGAACAAAAACAGCUUCUUGAAAAUUAUCUUCAAGAAUUAACAGAAUUUUUAGAUAAGAUUCAAAAAGAACAAAAAUGGAUGACUUUUGCUAAACAAAAUUUAGAAAAGAGACUUGGAAUGUUUGCACUAAAUGAAAAACCUUUAGAAGAGCAUGAGGUAAUUAGAAAAAUCUUUUUCAGAAAUGUUUUCUUUAUAUAUAAACUAAGUUGCAAACUUGAAUUAGCUUAAUAAUUAUUCAAGAACAACAAGUUAACAACUUGGACAAAAAUUCUGCUUUAUUGAAGCACCACAGAUUAAACAAAUAAAAAUACAAUUCAAACUACUUUUAG